AUGUCAAAUCCUGCAACAUUAACCGAUACAGAUCCAUUAAUACAAUGUGAUUUAAUGGAAUCUCGUGAUGCAUUUUUAAAUUUUGCUCGUGAAAAACAUUGUGAAUUUUCUUCACUAUGUCGUGCAAAAUAUUCAACAAUGGUUUCAUUAAUUGAAUUACAUUCAUCAACAGCCGAUAAAAUAUCUUAUACAUGUAAUUCAUAUCGACAAUUAUGUGAUAUUCGAUAUCAUUGUACAGUAUGUGAAGAUUAUGAUUUAUGUAGUAAAUGUUAUAUAACAAUAAAAUAUGAACAUCGUAUGGAACGUUCCGAUGAUACAAAUGAAAUAAAAACAAAUUCGGAUACAACAAUUAAUAUUCAACAACAAAGACAAUUAACAAUGCAACGAAUGUUAGAUGCUAUAUGUUAUGCUGUACAAUGUCGAAAUGCAAAUUGUAUAUUUAAAAAUUGUUCAUUAUGUAAAAGAUUAUUACAACGUACAAAAGAAUGUACAAAAGCAUCAAGAAGUCAAUGUCAACCAUGUA